CACCCCUCUCACACUCUCUCUCUCUCUCUCUGCAAAUUUGAGUCCACCACUAUUAUAAGUUCAUUGCUCCAUCUCAACCGGCUUAUUUGCAUUUGUUUAUCUCUGCUCUGUGAGGGGCUUAACGAUAGACAUGUAGUAAGGAAAAUGGGUAAGAGAAGACAUAAAGAUCCCAAAUCUCUCACCCUUCCUUCAUCCCCUGCUCACUCUUUCUCUUCAUCAUCUUCGUCGGACUUCGAGUUCACCAUCUCUCUAUCCCCUCGAAUGGCCUCCUCCAAUCUCUGUCCAGCCGACGAGCUCUUCUACAAGGGCCAGCUUCUCCCUCUCCAUCUCUCUCCCCGCCUCUCCAUGGUUCGAACUCUCCUGCUCGCCUCGUCCAGCUCUUCAUCUUGCUCCGACUCCACUACCACCGCUUCUCGAGACUCGACCGGCAGCUCCAAUGACUCUAGCUCCUCUUUUUCCGGUGACCUCGUCUUGUUCACCGAGUGUGACUCGUCGCGGCCGAGUUCGGUGACAGAGGAAGACGAGUUUAAGCGUCUCAACCACAAUUAUCACCAUCAGAGCCCACAGAUCAAGAAAUCCAAGUACUUCUCUCUAGCGAGGUUCUCUUCUGUGUUUCGCAAAGACAACAACAAGCAUAGAGAUCAAGAGAAUGCAUCGGCUCCUUCUUCUGUGAAGCGGAUGAGCGCGUCGGCCAAGGACGUGAUAAGGAAGUAUUUGAAAAAGGUGAAACCUUUAUACGAGAAGUUAUCACAGAAGCAGCAGCAACAGAAGACGGCGGCGAUGGUAGCAGUGGCUUCGUUGGCGACGAGGACAGAGAAGUCCGGGAAAAACAGAGAAAUCUCUGCUUCAAGUACGAGGAAAGAGAACAACAGUGUAUUCUCUCAUUCGUUCUCUGGAAACCUGAAAUACCCACGAAGGAAAAAAUGUGUUUCUAGUUGCCCGUCUUCGACGCGGUCAUCGCCCAGUCAUUCCGGUGUGCUUUGUCGAAGCGGAGUUUUUGGUGGUAACAUCGUUGGAAGCAUGCAGUAUGCAGAUUCAUCGUCAAUGGAGGAGUUGCAGAGUGCGAUUCAAGGAGCCAUUACUCACUGCAAGAACUCCUUGCUUCAGAAAUCAGAACAAAACGCUGGUGAGUAAUUAGAUCUGAAAGUUAGUGUUAAUUUUGCUCAAAAAGAAUGUACCUAAAUCUCUGUUUAAUUUUUGUUCCUUUCUAAUCUCAAGAACUUAAAACCAGAUGUCUCUUAGAAAAGAAUGCAUCUAAAUCUCUUCUCUUAUUAGAUGAUGAUUACUACGAGAAACCCAUCUCGAUUUUCUCUU